UCUGAGGCAUAUAUUUGGUAAUUUUUAUGAUGUAAAUUAAAAGAAAUUUGAAUUUGCGGGGGUAGGGGUGGACCCCUUCCCCGACCACUUUUCUCUAGAUCCGUGCAUAUACAAUAAUGACAAAUAAAAAUAUAAUAGAAAAAUAAAGCUUUAGCGAUUCUGCCUGUUGUGACGUAAUCUGAAUAGGAAAGUGACGUCAAUGACGUCAAUUAGUUCCAGACGAUUAUUAGCCCAGCGAAAGAUUUUGCAGGAAAAUGUCUUGGAGUCUGGAAAACUCCGAAGAAGGUGUUUAUUUAAAUAUUAACGAAAGGAGGGCGAUAAAUUUAAAUGAUGGAAAAGAAUUCGGAGUGAUUGAUUCCAUUGCAAGUGGCAGGAAUGCUACAGAGGUUUGGAUUCGAUUCAGCGGCAUCAAAAAUGGAAGAAGGCUAGACAGAAUGAGAUUUAAAAGCACGAAUGGAUUCCUUAAGGAAAUAGAAAAUGCCCCUUCGAACAGCGUUUUCCUUGAGGGCCUUAAAGAAGUCGGAUUACAGCACCAACCAGCUGACAAGGGGAGAAAAAAAAAGAAAUCCAAGGCCGAGAAUGCCGACCAUAGAGACAGUUGAGGGGCCUGAUGAUGCAGGGGUUUCGGAUGAGAUAAAGUUUCUUGAAGAAAAAUACGUCGGACAGUAUGAAGUGGACAUAAAGAAGCUUCUAUUGGCGCCUGCUGAGUAUCGAUCAAGAGAUGUAGACCAGUCCUGGAUCCAGGAUAUAAAACACUCCAUUCUCACCGCGCCUGGUGGUGUUGUUACCAUUUUCCCUGUCCUGUUUGAUACUUCAAUCGAUGAUCCCAGCCAAUUUAAAGAGGACGACAUACUUCAAAGACCCCUCUAUCUGCUUGGAGGCAACCAUGCCAUAGCCGCAAUAAGACGGGCGCAAGAAGAAGAACCAGAAAAUGAUAGCCUCCAGAGAUAUAAGAAGAUCAGAAUUGACAUCUAUGUAGGCUUGUCGCCUGAAGAGGGACAGCUACUGGGGAAUCUACAUAACGACAGAACAAAAACAAAAAGAGUCCUUUUUCAAGUAAGACGAUGUUAAAGAUAUUUCUAAUGAAAUGAUUUCACAAUUACAUGUUUUUAUUUUCAAUGUUGGUAGUUGCAUAAAUGUAAAAUGUUUUGUAGGACCUAGUCGACAGAGUCGAAAAAUUUUUGUCAGCUCAGAGGGAGACCAAUGGAAGGCAGCCGUUACAUCAAUUGUCCAACCAGUUCAGGGAACAAAUGGAAAUUUAAGUAUGCUAUUUCGGUUGGCAGCAUAUCCAGAUAACAUUUUCGCAGAGAUUGAGAGAAUUUUUAAUCUCUGGCAGGAAAAACACCAACAAAAGGAAAUUCCCCAGCUGUUAUUCAAGAAUUUAGGAGGCCUGGACAAUGAAAUUGUAUUACAAUACCUGCACAAAAUUGAGAAGGUUGAGAGUAUAACGAAGAUUUCCAAGGAAAUAGAAAAGAAGAAAAAACAUGAAGUUCUUCGGCAAAUUUUUGUCCAGAGAAGUGGUUGUGGAACAUGGGAGGAGGCCCUGGACACGUAUGAAAAUGUUUCGGAAAACUUAGAAAUGUUCCAAGGUAUGAAUAUUACAAAGAAGUAUAUUCCCAGGUCCCUUAUAAAAUUCAUAGACGAUACGGUGGCAUACAGGCCCUCUCAACAACAGGAAAAUGUCAGGAUUAACAUUGAAGUCGACAUCGAAGAAAAUCUGUUGGAAAAUUCAGAAAUCCAGAAAAUUAUCAAGGACGGAAACAGGAAAAUGGAAAUUGAGAUUAAGAGAAUUGUGAAGAGAAUGAGAGAAAGUUAAUUAAUCAAAAAACAAUUCUGAAUAUCCCAUGAAUUCUUACAGCUGCUUUGUUAUUUGUUUGUGAUGUUUUUUUUCAACUUCCCAAGGUCCAUACUCAGCCUGACUUUUUGCAUUUUCCCGAAGAUUUCAGCAAUUGAAUGUGAUAAUUAACUUCUUAAUGUGGUUUGUCCAGAACAUAACAGUAGAACUAAUUUAACAAGACCUUGGACUUUCGAUAGGACGGUACUAUCUAUUUCUUGUAUGAAAACAAGUUUAAAAUGACGCUGUUUUGGAUGAAAUAUGCAUAGAUUACGUAGUUUAGCUUAAAAGCCAGACAAACCUUGUUGGUUUCAAAAUAGACAGCCCUACGUCAUAUUGCUGUCUGACAUAACUGCCCAAAGUCCAAGCUCUUAUUAAAAUGGUUCUAUAUUAAAAGUGGGAGAAUUUGUAAAAAGGUAUCCUGACAGAAUUAUCCACUCGCUGGUAAAAAAAAAACCCGCAGGUUUUGUAGAUUGAAAUUUACAAAAACGUUAAAACAUAAUAAAAGGUGGU